UCUGACAUUUCCUUGUUACACCACAUUUCGCUUUUUAAGCUUUCAUGUGACAGUUAGCGUGUCAGUCUGUCAGGGUGCUGUGUCUUGGACUGAGUCUACAGUAGCCUGCCUACAGUCCAGCGGGAUGAAAGCCCACUGGUGGAGCUGUGUGCUGGGAUUACUCUAUAUGCCUGCUGAGGUGAUACUCAGCACCUGGUCAGUCUCUCAGGUUCCCAUGUCUAUCUCUCUGAAGAAAGUCAACUCAUCUGCUGAGAUCACGUGCUCAUGCUCAUUGUCUUACCUGAUAGUGUUCAAACUGCAAAGGCGUUUCCAUGGCAACGAACCUGUUGUGUUCCUGUCCUUGGAAAACGGAGAAGUCACAAAGAACACUAUAGCUGAAGAAUUUACAGACCGAAUUAACAUCCAGCAGAUCGAGGGGGGCUACGGGUUCACCUUGGAGUUGUCUCUGCUCAGGUUGGAGGACACAGACUUGUAUUACUGCAACUGGAUACACAUGGAGUCAGAAAAGCUAGAAACCGUGUCAAGCAAUGGCACCAUUAUCAUUGUCAGAGAUCGUGAUCCCCAUGAACAAUGCAAACACCUUGUUUUGGAUUUCAUCUUUAUUGGCUUGAGUGUGACAGCAUUCACUGUGUUGUUCCUCUUCCUUGGAGUACUGAUUGUGAGAUGCCUACGAUUUAAAAAGCACUUCAGACCUGCCAGAGCAGUAAAACCAUCCAGACCAAACAGGCCUCAGCAUGUCUGUCAUCAGCAGAGAGCUCAACAUUGUCCCUACUUAGUCACAUCUCUACAUACUAUGGAUGAUGAUAAAAGAUGACGAUUCUUUGGAAAAGUUGGUGUCGACUGUAUAGUAAAUUGAUGUUUAAGUGUUUGUGACAGAUGAUUAAGAUUUUCUAUUUUGCGUCAGCAGCUCAACUUAUGGGCUCAACCGAGGAAAGAUGUCUCAUAUUUUGCUCUGCUUCUCAUUUCCUUGUAUAUACAAAUUUCUGUUUUGUUUGCAGAUAAGUGAUUGAGCUACCACAUCCUGUGUUAUGUGGCGUGUACAUGUCUGAUGCAUGUGAAGAGAACUGCAGAGCAAGCGUUUUUGUUAUUCUCCUUUAUGUGUUGCAUGACAUGCGUGCUUGACCUGCUGAGUUUUGCAGUAUUCUGUUUCCUUUAUGUCUCAUAAAAAGAUUGUGAACUUCAAAACAAGUGUGAAACACAGUGUGCUGCCUGACUUGAUAUGUACAUUAAAUAUAACUUUUUCCAA